AUGCGUUCGGGCGGAAAGGGCGCCGAAUCGGCGAGAAAAAAAAGGAAAAGAAGGAAUCGGGGCGGGUCGCUGAGGGGCCCCAUCCGGGGCUCCGUCGAUGCCGAGGUUGAAGCAGCGCCGGCCGCAGCAGCUCCGAUACGGUUCCCCCGGCGCCUCCCCAGCCCCCCGCCGUCCUCCCAAGGACCCUUCCUCCUCCUCUUCCUCUUCCUCUUCCUCUUCCUCUUCCUCUUCCUCUUCCUCUUCCUCUUCCUCCUCUUCCUCUUCCUCUUCCUCCUCUUCCUCUUCCUCUUCCUCUUCCUCUUCCUCCUCCUCCUCCUCUUCCUCCUCUUCCUCUUCCUCUUCCUCUUCCUCUUCCUCCUCUUCCUCUUCCUCUUCCUCUUCCUCUUCCUCUUCCUCUUCCUCUUCCUCUUCCUCUUCCUCUUCCUCUUCCUCUUCCUCUUCCUCUUCCUCUUCCUCUUCUUCCUCCUCUUCCUCUUCCUCUUCCUCCUCCCCGUGGACCCCUCCAGCCAUGCCAUCAGAACCAGAACCCCCCCAUCCCGCCGUCGCCCCCCACCACCCCAAAACCCCCCCAAUUCUGGCGCUUGCCCCCUUGACAUCCCCCUGUUGCUGGAGGAGCUCCGGGUGUUACAACAACGUCAGCUCCGCCAAAUGCAGCUGACCGAAGACAUCUGUCGCCAGGUCCCUCCUCUUGGGGGCCCUGAGCACCCCAAAAUCCCGCUCCCCCCCCUUCCCCCACCUCCCCCCCCCUCGGGUGAUGCCGGUGGUCUCGGCCCACCCCCCAAAUUUGCCCACCCCCCAAAUUUGGCAGCGGGGGACGCGGUGGGGACGCGACACGAGUGCGGCUUUUGCGGGAAGGGAUUCGGGAGCGAAAGCGCCCGCCAGAUCCACCUCAGGUCCCACACGGGCGAACGGCCCUACGGCUGUAACGUCUGCGGCAACCGCUUCACCACGCGCGGCAACCUGAAGGUUCACUACCACCGGCACAGGCAGAAGGUUCACCGCAUGGCCGGGAGCCCCCAGGCCACCAACGGGGGUCAGUUGGCCUCCAGCAACACCCAGUUGGCCUCCAGCAACAACCAGUUGGCCUCCAGCUACAAACAGUUGGCCUCCAACAGCACCCAGUUGGCCUCCAGCAACACCCACUUGGCCUCCAGCAACACCCAGUUGGCCUCCAGCUACAACCAGUUGGGCCUCCAACAGCACCCAGUUGGCCUCCAGCAACACCCAGUUGGCCUCCAACAGCACCCAGUUGGCCUCCAGCAACACCCAGUUGGCCUCCAACAACAACCAGUUGGCCUCCAGCAACACCCAGUUGGCCUCCAACAGCACCCAGUUGGCCUCCAGCAACACCCAGUUGGCCUCCAGCUACAACCAGAUGGCAUCCAACAGCGUGCAGGCCACUUGUCAACACUCAACUGGCCUCCAGCAACACCCAGUUGGCCUCCAGCAACACCCAGUUGGCCUCCAGCAACAACCAGUUGGCCUCCAACAACACCCAGUUGGCCUCCAGCAACACCCAGUUGGCCUCCAACAACAACCAGUUGGCCUCCAACAACAACCAGUUGGCCUCCGACAGCGUGCAGCCACUUGUCAACACCCAGUUGGCCUCCAGCAAUACCCAGUUGGCCUCCAACAACACCCAGUUGGCCUCCAGCAACACCCAGUUGGCCUCCAGCAACACCCAGUUGGCCUCCAACAGUGUGCAGCCACUUGUCAACGCUCAACUGGCCUCCAGCAACACCCAGUUGGCCUCCAGCAACACCCAGUUGGCCUCCAACAGCGUGCGGCCACUUGUCGACAACCAGUUGGCCUCCAACAGCACCCAGUUGGCCUCCAACAGCACCCAGUUGGCCUCCAGCAACACCCAGUUGGCCUCCAGCAACACCCAGUUGGCCUCCAACAGCACCCAGUUGGCCUCCAGCAACACCCAGUUGGCCACCAACAGCAACCAGUUGGCCUCCAACAGCGUGCAGCCACUUGUCAUCACUCAAUUGGCCUCCAGCAACAACCAGUUGGCCUCCAACAGCACCCAGUUGGCCUCCAGCUACAACCAGUUGGCCUACAGCAACACCCAGUUGGCCUCCAGCUACAACCAGUUGGCAUCUGACAGCUUGCAGCCACUUGUCAAUACUCAGCUGGCGUCCAGCAACACCCAGAUGGCCUCCAAGAACACCCAGUUGGCCUCCAACAGCAUGCAACCGCUUGUCAUCACUCAACUGGCCUCCAACAGCACCCAGUUGGCCUCCAACAGCACCCAGUUGGCCUCCAGCAACAACCAGUUGGCCUCCAACAACACCCACUCGGCCUCCAGCAACACCCAGUUGGCCUCCAACAGCACCCAGUUGUCCUCCAGCAACACCCAGUUGGCCUCCAGCAACACCCAGUUGGCCUCCAACAGCACCCCAGUUGGCCUCCAGCAACACCCAGUUGGCCUCCAACAGCGUGCAGCCACUUGUCAACACCCAGUUGGCCUCCAGCAACACCCAGUUGGCCUCCAACAGCACCCAGUUGGCCUCCAGCAACACCCAGUUGGCCUCCAACAGCACCCAGUUGGCCUCCAACGGCACCCAGUUGGCCUCCGACAGCGUGCAGCCACUUGUCAACAUUCAACUGGCCUCCAACAACACCCAGUUGGCCUCCAACAGUGUGCAGCCACUUGUCAACACUCAGCUGGCCUCCAGCAACAACCAGUUGGCCUCCAACAGCACCCAGUUGGCCUCCAACAACACCCAGUUGGCCUCCAGCAACACCCAGUUGGCCUCCAGCAACACCCAGUUGGCCUCCAGCAACACCCAGUUGGCCUCCAACAGCACCCAGUUGGCCUCCAAGAACACUCAGUUGGCCUCCAGCAACAACCAGUUGGCCUCCAGCAACACCCAGUUGGCCUCCAACAACACCCAGUUGGCCUCCAACAGCGUGCAGCCACUUGUCAACACCCAGUUGGCCUCCAGCAACACCCAGUUGGCCUCCAACAGCACCCAGUUGGCCUCCAGCAACACCCAGUUGGCCUCCAGCAACACACAGUUGGCCUCCAACAGCGUGCAACCGCUUGUCAACACCCAACUGGCCUCCAGCAACAACCAGUUGGCCUCCAGCAACAACCAGUUGGCCUCCAACAGUGUGCAGCCACUUGUCAUCACUCAAGUGGCCUCCAGCAACACCCAGUUGGCCUCCAACAACAAUCAGUUGGCCUCUGACAGCAUGCAGCCACUUGUCGAGACCCAACUGGCCUCCAGCAACAACCAGAUGGCCUCCAGCAACACCCAGUUGGCCUCCAGCAACACCCAGUUGGCCUCCAACAGCACCCAGUUGGCCUCCAGCAACACCCAGUUGGCAUCCGACAGCGUGCAGCCACUUGUCAUCACUCAACUGGCCUCCAGCAACACCCAGUUGGCCUCCAGCAACAACCAGUUGGCCUCCAACAGCGUGCAGCCACUUGUCAACACUCAAAUGGCCUCCAGCAACACCCAGUUGGCCUCCAGCAACACCCAGUUGACCUCCAGCAACACCCAGUUGGCCUCCAACAACAACCAGUUUGCAUCCAACAGCGUGCAGCCGCUUGUCAACACCCAACUGGCCUCCAGCAACACCCAGUUGGCCUCCAACAGCAACCAGUUGGCCUCCAGCAACACCCAGUUGGCCUCCAGCAACACCCAGUUGGCCUCCAACAGCGUGCAGCCACUUGUCAUCACUCAAGUGGCCUCCAGCAACACCCAGUUGGCCUCCAACAACAAUCAGUUGGCCUCCAACAGCGUGCAGCCACUUGUCAACACCCAGUUGGCCACCAGCAACACCCAGUUGGCCUCAAGAACAACCAGUUGGCCUCCAGCAACAACCAGCUUGGCCUCCAACAGCGUGCAACCGCUUCUUAACACCCAGUUGGCCUCCAGCAACAACCAGUUGGCUUCCAACAGUGUGCAGCCACUUGUCAUCACCCAACUGGCCUCCGCAACACCCAGAUGGCAUCCAAGAACACCCAGUUGGCCUCCAACAACAACCAGUCGCAUCCAACAGCGUGCAACCGCUUGUCGACUCUCAUCUGGCCUCCAGCAACACCCAGUUGGCCUCCAGCAACACCCAGUUGGCCUCCAGCAACACCCAGUUGGCUCCAACAGCGUGCAGCCACUUGUCGACACCCAACUGGCCUCCAGCAACACCCAGAUUGCAUCCAACAGUGUGCAACCGCUUGUCGACACUCAGUUGGACUCCAGCAACACCCAGCUGAUGGCCAACAACACCCAACCAAGUUCCAGCAACACCCAACUGAUCUCCAACACCCAACUGAUCUCCAACACCCAACUGAUGGCCAAUGACACCCAACUGAAGGCCAACAACACCCAACCAACUUCUAACUACACCCAACUGAUCUCCAGUACCCAACUGAUGGCAACCAACACCCAGCUGAUGGCCACCAACACCCAACUGAUGGCCAACAACACCCAACCAGGUUCUAACACCACCCAACUGAUCUCCAGUACCCAACUGAUGGCAACCAACACCCAACUGAUGGCCGACAACACCCAACUGACUUCUAACAACACCCAACUGAUCUCCAACACCCAGCUGAUGGCCACCAACACCCAACCAAGUUCCAACAACACCCAACCAACUUCUAACAACACCCAACUGAUCUCCAACACCCAACUGAUGGCCACCAACACCCAACCAACUUCUAACAACACCCAACUGAUCUCCAACACCCAACUGAUGGCCACCAACACCCAACCAACUUCUAACAACACCCAACUGAUCUCCAACACCCAACUGAUGGCCAACAACACCCAACCAACUUCUAACAACACCCAACUGAUCUCCAGCACCCAGCUGAUGGCCACCAACACCCAACUGAUGGCCAACAGCACCCAACCAACUUCUAACAACACCCAACUGAUCUCCAACACCCAACUGAUGGCCAACAACACCCAGCUGAUGGCCACCAACACCCAACCAAGUUCCAGCAACACCCAACUGAUCUCCAACACCCAGCUGAUGGCCACCAACACCCAACUGAAGGCCCACAACAUCCAACUGAUCUCCAACACCCAACUGAAGGCCGCCAACACCCAGCUGAUGGCCAACGACACCGAACCAACUUCUAACAACACCCAACUGAUCUCCAACACCCAACUGAUGGCCAACAACACCCAACUGAUGGCCACCAACACCCAACCAAGUUCCAGCAACACCCAACUGAUCUCCAACACCCAACUGAAGGCCAACGACACCGAACCAACUUCUAACAACACCCAACUGAUCUCCAACACCCAACUGAUGGCCAACAACACCCAACCAACUUCCAGCAACACCCAACUGAUCUCCAACACCCAACUGAUGGCCAACGACACCCAACUGACUUCUAACAACACUCAACUGAUCUCCAACACCCAACUGAAGGCCAACGACACCCAACCAAGUUACAACACCUCCCAACUGAUGUCCAACUCCCAACUGAUGGCCAACAACACCCAACUGAUGGCCAACAACACCCAGCUGAUGGCCAAUGACACCCAACCAACUUCUAAGAACACCCAACUGAUUUCCAGCACCCAACCAACUUCCAGCAACACCCAACCGAUCUCCAACACCCAACUGAAGGCCACCAACACCCAGCUGAUGGCCAACAGCACCCAACCAAGUUCCACCAACACCCAGCUGAUCUCCAACACCCAACUGAAGGCCAACGACACCCAACUGACUUCUAACAACACCCAACUGAUCUCCAACACCCAGCUGAUGGCCACCAACACCCAACCAGGUUCUAACACCACCCAACCGAUCUCCAACACCCAACUGAUGGCCACCAACACCCAACCAAGUUCCAACAACACCCAGCUGAUCUCCAACACCCAAUUGAAGGCCAGUGACACCCAACCAACUUCUAACAACACCCAACUGAUCUCCAACACCCAACUGAAGGCCACCAACACCCAACUGAUGGCCACCAACACCCAACCAACUUCUAACAACACCAAACUGAUCUCCAACACCCAACUGAUGGCCAACAACACCCAACUGAUCUCCAACUCCCAACUGAUGGCCACCAACACCCAACUGAUGGCCAACAACACCCAACCAAGUUCCAACAACACCCAACUGAUCUCCAACACCCAACUGAUGGCCAACAACACCCAACUGAUGGCCAACAACACCCAACCAAGUUCCAACAACACCCAACUGAUCUCCAACACCCAACUGAUGGCCAACAACACCCAACCAACUUCUAGCAACACCCAACUGAUCUCCAACACCCAACUGAUGGCCACCAACACCCAGCUGAUGGCCAACAGCACCCAACCAACUUCUAACAACACCCAACUGAUCUCCAACACCCAACUGAUGGCCAACAACACCCAACCAAUUUCCAGCAACUCCCAACCGAUCUCCAACACCCAACUGAUGGCCACCAACACCCAGCUGAUGGCCAACAACACCCAACUGGUGGCCACCAACACCCAACUGACUUCUAACAACACCCAACCGAAGGCCAACACCCAACUGAUGGCCAACGACACCCAACCAAGUUCCAGCAACACCCAACUGAUCUCCAACACCCAACUGAAGGCCACCAACACCCAGCUGAUGGCCAACAGCACCCAACUGAUGGCCAACAACACCCAACUGAAGGCCAAUGACACCCAACCAACUUCCAGCAACACCCAACUGAUCUCCAACACCCAACUGGUGGCCACCAACACCCAACUGAUGGCCACCGACACCCAACCCAAUUCUAACAACACCCAACUGAUCUUCAAUACCCAACUGAAGGCCAACAACACCCAACUGAUGGCCAACAAUGCCCAACCAAGUUCCAACAACAUCCAACCAACUUCUAACAACACCCAACUGAUCUCCAACACCCAACUGAAGGCCAACAACACCCAACCAGGUUCUAACAGCACCCAACCGAUCUCCAGCACCCAACUGAUGGCCACCAACACCCAACUGACUUCUAACAACACCCAACUGAUCUCCAACACCCAACUGAAGGCCAACAACACCCAACUGAUGGCCAACAGCACCCAACCAAGUUCCACCAACACCCAACUGAUCUCCAACACCCAACUGAAGGCCAACGACACCCAACUGAAGGCCAACGACACCCAACUGAUGGCCAACAACACCCAACCAAGUUACAACACCACCCAACUGAUCUCCAACACCCAACUGAUGGCAACCAACACCCAACUGAUGGCCACCAACACCCAACCAACUUCUAACAACACCCAACUGAUCUCCAACACCCAACUGCUGGCCAAUGACACCCAACCGACUUCUAACAACACCCAACUGAUCUCCAACACCCAACUGAAGGCCAACAACACCCAACUGAUGGCCACCAACACCCAACCAACUUCCAGCAACACCCAACUGAUGGCCACCAACACCCAACUGAUGGCCAACGACACCCAACCCACUUCCAGCACCCCCCAACUGCUGCCUGCCCCCAUCCAACCCCUCCCCACCACCACCCUCCUCCUGCUGAAGACAUCCGACCUCCAACCGAGGCCGGGUGACGAAAACCCCCUUCCAUCCCAACCCCCCAAACCCAGGACCACCGGUUGGGCUCUGUUGGGCACCCCCCCAAAUCUGUGGGUCCCUUCCAUUUCAGAAAGCUCCCAAGAGCCCCAGGUGGUGACAAAAUCCCCCCCAACCACGACAACGACAGGCGGAGGAACCCGAAUCCAAUGCCCUGUGUGCCGUCGGGUGUUGAGCUGCCAACGGGGGUCCAGGUCUCAUUUUGGGGGUCAGUCCCCCUUCCGGUGUCGGGUUUGUGGGAGGGGGUUCACAAGUCGGGGUCACCUGAGAGCUCAUUUUGGGGGUCACCGAGGGGUCGACCCGAAUGCCUGUAGUUUUGGGGAUGGUUUGGGGUCGCAACAACAACAACGGGGUUAUUUGGGGAGGGGGGGGCUGUUGCUGCUGCCCCAAGAGGAGGGGGAACAACGGAACCAGGAGGAAGAGGAGGAGGAUGGAGAGGAAGAGGCGGAGCCCCGAGUGAUGGGGGGGGGACCCCCGAAGGAGGAAGAGGAGGAAGAGGGGAGGAAGGCGGAGAGGAGGGGACGAGAGGGGAGUCCUCCAAGGGAUGCAAGGAGGGGAGCAGACGACACCGACCCCCCCCCCAAAAAACAGGGGAAGGGGGGAGAAGUAGAGAGGAACACCGAAAACUGAAGGGAUUUAAAACACCCAAAUUCGGAGGGUUUCACCCCAAAAUCCUCCCCCCCCCCCCCCCCCAAUUUAACUCCCAUAGCGUA